GUCGGAGCUCACCAGCGAGGCGAGGGCGGGAAGACAGCCCCCGGGCCGGCCCACGGAUCCUCAGAAGGCGCGGACCUGGAGGAGGCGCCCCAGAAGGCGACGCCUCUUGCCUCUUGUCUCUCGCCUCUCGAAGGAAGUUUGCUCUUAAUUUCAGAGCCGGGUUCGCCGUCGGAUCAACCUCCAGGAGCUAGCAGUGGGCGCGGACCAGAGCGGCCAAUCCCCUGGGCGCGGGCCGGGCAGUUUCUGCGCUCAGCACAGGCAGCUCGCGGUCAUGGGCGGCUCAGCCUCCAGCCAGCUGGACGAGGGCAAGUGCGCUUACAUCCGAGGGAAAACUGAGGCUGCCAUCAAAAACUUCAGUCCCUACUACAGUCGUCAGUACUCUGUGGCUUUCUGCAAUCAUGUGCGCAGUGAAGUAGAACAGCAAAGAGAUUUAACCUCACAGUUUUUGAAGACCAAGCCACCAUUGGCACCUGGAACUAUUUUGUAUGAAGCAGAGCUAUCACAAUUUUCUGAAGACAUAAAGAAGUGGAAGGAGAGAUACGUUGUAGUUAAAAAUGAUUAUGCUGUGGAGAGCUAUGAGAAUAAAGAGGCCUAUCAGAGAGGAGCUGCUCCUAAAUGUCGAAUUCUUCCAGCCGGUGGCAAGGUGUUAACCUCAGAAGAUGAAUAUAAUCUGUUGUCUGACAGGCAUUUCCCAGACCCUCUUGCCUCCAGUGAGAAGGAGAAUGCUCAGCCCUUCGUGGUCCUGCCCAAGGAAUUCCCAGUGUACCUGUGGCAGCCCUUCCUCAGACACGGCUACUUCUGCUUCCACGAGGCUGCUGACCAGAAGAGGUUUAGUGCCCUCCUGAGUGACUGCGUCAGGCAUCUCAAUCAUGAUUACAUGAAGCAGAUGACAUUUGAAGCCCAAGCCUUUUUAGAAGCUGUGCAAUUCUUCCGACAGGAGAAGGGUCACUAUGGUUCCUGGGAAAUGAUCACUGGGGAUGAAAUCCAGAUCCUGAGUAACCUGGUGAUGGAGGAGCUCCUGCCCACUCUUCAGACAGACCUGCUGCCUAAGAUGAAGGGGAAGAAGAAUGACAGAAAGAGGACGUGGCUUGGUCUCCUCGAGGAGGCCUACACCCUGGUUCAGCAUCAAGUUUCAGAAGGAUUAAGUGCCUUGAAGGAGGAAUGCAGAGCUCUGACAAAGGGCCUGGAAGGAACGAUCCGUUCUGACAUGGAUCAGAUUGUGAACUCAAAGAACUAUUUAAUUGGAAAGAUCAAAGCGAUGGUGGCCCAGCCGGCGGAGAAAAGCUGCUUGGAGAGUGUGCAGCCAUUCCUGGCAUCCAUCCUGGAGGAGCUCAUGGGACCAGUGAGCUCGGGAUUCAGUGAAGUACGUGCACUCUUUGAGAAAGAGGUGAAUGAAGUCAGCCAGAACUUCCAGACCACCAAAGACAGUGUCCAGCUAAAGGAGCAUCUAGACCGGCUUAUGAAUCUUCCGCUGCAUUCCGUGAAGAUGGAACCUUGUUAUACUAAAGUCAACCUGCUUCACGAGCGCCUGCAGGAUCUCAAGAGCCGCUUCAGAUUCCCCCACAUUGAUCUGGUGGUUCAGAGGACACAGAACUACAUGCAGGAGCUAAUGGAGAAUGCAGUGUUCACUUUUGAGCAGUUGCUUUCCCCACAUCUCCAAGGAGAGGCCUCCAAAACUGCAGUUGCCAUUGAGAAGGUUAAGCUCCGAGUCUUAAAGCAAUAUGAUUAUGACAGCAGCACCAUCCGAAAGAAGAUAUUUCAAGAGGCACUAGUUCAAAUCACACUUCCCACUGUGCAGAAGGCACUGGCGUCCACAUGCAAACCAGAGCUUCAGAAAUAUGAGCAGUUCAUCUUUGCAGAUCAUACCAAUAUGAUUCACGUUGAAAAUGUCUAUGAGGAGAUUUUACAUCAGAUCCUGCUUGAUGAAACUCUGAAAGUGAUAAAGGAAGCUGCUAUCUUGAAGAAACACAACUUAUUUGAAGAUAACAUGGCCUUGCCCAGUGAAAGUGUGUCCAGCUUAACAGAUCUAAAGCCCCCCACAGGGUCAAACCAGGCCAGCCCUGCCAGGAGAGCUUCUGCCAUUCUGCCAGGAGUUCUGGGUAGUGAGACCCUCAGUAACGAAGUAUUCCAGGAGUCAGAGGAAGAGAAGCAGCCUGAGGUCCCUAGCUCGUUGGCCAAAGGAGAAAGCCUUUCUCUCCCUGGGCCAAGCCCACCCCCAGAUGGGACUGAGCAGGUGAUUAUUUCAAGAGUGGAUGACCCCGUGGUGAAUCCUGUGGCAGCAGAGGACACAGCAGGACUCCCGGGCACAUGCUCAUCAGAGCUGGAGUUUGGAGGGACCCUUCAGGAUGAAGAACCCGCCCAGGAAGAGCCAGAACCCAUCACUGCCUCAGGUUCUUUGAAGGAGCUCAGAAAGUUGCUGACAGCGUCCGUGGAAGUACCAGUGGACUCUGCUCCAGUGAUGGAAGAAGAUACGAAUGGGGAGAGCCACGUUCCCCAAGAAAAUGAAGAAGAAGAGGAAAAAGAGCCCAGUCAGGCAGCUGCCAUCCAUCCCGACAACUGUGAAGAAAGUGAAGUCAGCGAGAGGGAGGCCCAACCUCCCUGUCCCGAGGCCCAUGGGGAGGAGUUGGGGGGAUUUCCAGAGGUAGGCAGCCCAGCCUCUCCGCCAGCCAGUGGAGGGCUCACCGAGGAGCCCCUGGGGCCCAUGGAGAGGGAGCUCCCAGGAGAGGCCUGCACACUCGCUGCCCAUGAAGGAAGAGGGGGCAAGUGUACUGAGGAAGGGGAUGCCUCACAGCAAGAGGGCUGCACCUUAGGUUCUGACCCCAUCUGCCUCAGUGAGAGCCAGGUUUCUGAGGAACAAGAAGAGAUGGGAGGGCAAAGCAGCGCGGCCCAGGCCACGGCCAGUGUGAAUGCAGAGGAGAUCAAGGUAGCCCGUGUUCAUGAGUGUCAGUGGGUGGUGGAGGAUGCUCCAAACCCGGAUGUCCUGCUGUCACACAAAGAUGACAUGAAGGAGGGAGAAGGUGGUCAGGAGAGUUUCCCAGAGCUGCCCUCAGAGGAGUGAAAGGGACAAUUUGGCUGAAGUCUUUCUCUGAACAAAGCCAAAGGGUUAUAGGGGUACACUUAGGGGUUGCAUGCAAGCUGUUACCAAAAAAUUUUUAAGUAUUUUCUUAAUUUGAAUAAUAAAACCAGAGGAAAUGCAUACAGGGCAUGAGCAACUGAGGCAAACCUUUGUGGACAUGAAUUGUUCUACGAUGAAUUUUUGCUUUAGUAUUUUAAUAAGAAUUACAAAGGCAAUGGCAUACUUGGGGUGAGAGGGAGCUGAGGAUGUCUGAGGAGGGAAUAGUAUUGCAGGGAAGACUGAGAAAACAGUAGGAUGACAGUUUUGAGUAUGCUCUGCACUUUUCAAUUUUGCAAUCUUCUUGUGCACUUUAAGGCUUUUUAAUUUUGUUUGAGAAUGCAAAUGUAUACUGUAAGUCUACCUUUACUAUCUACUAUGCCUACUUCACCAUCUCUUAAGGAGUCGGCAUUUGUCCACAGUCAGACUACAAGAGAGGGUAGGUCAUGAACAGUCACCCGUGCUGGCUGUAGCCCCACAGAGGCAAUCAUGCUCAAUAGAUUCAAGAGAAGCUAAGCGGAAAUGGAGGGCGGAAGGUGUGAUCUGUGGGACUGUCUGGGCCUGUUACUCAUCCUGCUAUCAAUUUCUUAUUAAUCUUGAUGAUUCUUAUUAAUUAAUCACAUUUUCAGGAAAUUCAGAUGAGGCAAGAAAAUUUUAUUGGCCUGGGUAAACCUGAAAGCAUUCCAAAUUAGGCUUAGACUGUGCAAAGGGCUUAGCUAAAUUAUCGAGCUUAAAACCCGUCAAUUAAACAAACAUUAUUUGAACAGUUACUGCAUGCCAUGCACUGUGUUGGGCUUAGUAAUAAAAAAAAGAAAAGAUAAGUGCUUGUUCUAGCAUAAAUUAAAAGGUCCAAGGGAAUUUAAUCUGGAAGAGAACAUAUGCCAAUUUUUAAACUAUGACAGCUUUUUUUUUUUUCUCUUUCCAUUCAAAUAGUCCUGGUUCAUUCCCAGAAGGGCACAAAAUGAAUGAAUAAAUAAAUAAAUGAAUAAAGACAAAAGCCAAGGUGUAUGCUCUCAACUUCCAAAGAUGUUAUCAAAAGCUGAAGGCCGGGCGCGGUGGCUCACGCUUGUAAUCCCAGCACUCUGGGAGGCCGAGGCGGGCGGAUCACGAGGUCAAGAGAUCGAGACCAUCCUGGCUAACACGGUGAAACCCCGUCUCUACUAAAAAUACAAAAAAAUUAGCCGGGCGUGAUGGCGGGCGCCUAUAGUCCCAGCUACUCGGGAGGCUGAGGCAGGAGAAUGGCGUGAACCCGGGAGGCGGAGCUUGCAGUGAGCCGAGAUUGCGCCACUGCACUCCCGCCUGGGCCACAGAGCGAGACUUCGCCUCAAAAAAAAAAAAAAAAAAAAAAGCUGAAAUCAUUUGUUUGGUCAUUCAGCAAGCUAAUUGAGGCUCUGUUAUAUACCAAGCACUGGGGAUACCAUGGCGAAAAACAACUUUGUUCCUUCCUCCUAGAACUUACAUUUUAAUGGAAAUAGACAAAACACAUCUUCUUAACGGAUGGUGAUCUAUAACCAUUAAUGUUGAAAAUGGAAGAGACUUGCUUCCAAAAGAUUAAAAGGAGUUGUUCUUUUCUCCUUCAGAAAAAUACCAGAUCAUUUCCUAAAAUCUCCAGUCCCAAGUAUUACAUCGUGGUUUCCCUCCCCGACUUUUUAUUUUAUUUUAUUCUAUUUUUUUGAGAUGGAGUCUCACUCUGUCGCCAAGGCUGGAGUGCAGUGGUGUGAUCUCGGCUCACUGCAACCUCCGCCUCCUGGGUUCAGGAGAUUCUCCUCUGUCAGCCUCCCAAGUAGCUGGAAUUACAGCCAUGCGGCACCAUUCCCGGCUAAUUUUUGUAUUUUUGGUAGAGAUGGGUUUUACACCAUGUUGGCCAGGCUGGUCUCAAACUCCUGAUUUCAAGUGAUCCACCCACCUCGACUUCCCAAAGUGCUGGGAUUACAGCGUGAGCUACCUGGCCCCUCCCCAAAUUUUAAUAUCAGAUCUCAACAUAUUUGUUGAGAACUUGUUUAGAUCAUCACUAUCGAGUAAAUUUAUGUCAGUUCUUUAGAGCAUUUGCUUCGCACACAGUUCAACCAUUUAACCAGAAAUUAAAAUAUCACCCUUUUCAGCCCUCCCAUGAAGAAUUUCUAGGUCAUAAACAUGAAUAAUAAUCAGUAUAUGUAUAAUAUCAUAUUUAAUUGUUGCAACUUUUCUUGGCGUGUUUAAAUCCUCAUGUCUUUGAGGGAUCCCACCACAGGUGAAGGAAGUAAAGACCACUUCUCCCCCAGUCUCUGCUUUCUGCAGUGCUCACUCAUAUCCUGGCAUUUAGCGUGGUGUGUUGAAAUUAGGUUUACUUCUUGUCUCUCCAAGAGGCUCCUCUCUUAAAAGACAGAAACUAGGGUUUAGUCAUCAUUUGUGCUUCCUGCUAGAAACCCACAGCCUUGAAUAAUGGCUUCCUGCCUCCUUGAGUCACUUUAAUAUCCCUGGUGCAUAGGACCUGGCAUGCGUCAGGCUGCUCGGGAAAUGUGGGAACUGGACACCCAGAACACUGCUGUGCUGGGGCUAUUUGGGGCCUGCUGUCAGGCAGAAAGACGUUUUGAAUUGGGCUUUCUGCCCUUGUUGAGUUUUCUCUUAAGUAAAGUCCAAAGUCCAAGGGGCAGAUGGCCAGAUGCACUGCCCAGUAAGGCAGGAAGCCAAAGAAGCAGUGCCCAGCCCCACAAAGGCUGCCCGACUCCCUGGGACAGUAGUGUGGAGUCCCAGCCCAGGCUGACCUCACACCGGAGCUUCCUAGCUUCCUUUCUUUGCUCAAUGCAGGGCUUCUUGCACCCCCUGGAAAGCUAAGAGAUUUUUUUCAACCCUAAAAGAGAGUACAUUUCACUGCAUUGGAUGGAUGAACAUCAGUGCCCUAACUUUAUCCAUCAUGUAGGUCAGGGAGGACUGGGCACUAUUUGGCAGGAUGUACUCGAGAAUAUAAUCAAAGAAUUUUCUGUACAUAUUUCACUAAAGACAAGUUUUUGGGCUGGAUGCGGUAGCUUACACCUAUAAUCCCAGCACUUUGGGAGGCUGAGGUGAGAGGGUCACUUGAGCCCAGGAGUUCUAGACAAGCCUGGGCAACAUAGCAAGAUCUCAUCCUUACGAAAAAUAAUAAUGGUGUGUGCCUGCAGUCCUAGCUACUUGGGUGGUUGAGGCAGGAGGAUUGUUUGAGCGAGGGAAGUUGAGGCUGCAAUGAACUAUGAUUGUACCACUGCACUCCAGCUUGGGCAACAAAAUGAGACGCUGUCUCAAAAAAAAAAAGUUUUCUAGAAUAAGCAGGAUGAUUGUUUAAUUUGAAGAUGGAACAGGAAACUAGAGUGCAUUUAAAAUACUCUGUCUUCAUUUUAACAUGUUGAAUGGAAUAACUGCAUAUCACCAUGAGUUUGUUUUGCUUUUCAUACAGACUUGUAUGUGUCAUUUCAGUGGUUUCCAGACUGGAGCGAGGUUAUUCUGAUCUAAAUGAACAGCAUUUUUUUCCUUAGCCUCUGUUUGCCACUCUGGGUAUCUCUCCUAUGGGCAAAGCCAUUAGAAAUGCAUAAAACCUUGAGACAUGGUUUUUGGCAAAAACUCCAUGACUUUAAACUAGUUCUUUUACUACUGACCUUUCACAGAGAAAAAAUAUUUCCCUUGAAAAAAAUUGGGCUUGUCAUUUUUUCCCUUGUAGCUUUAAGCAGAGACAUAAGCGCCUUGCAUUACACAUAGUAAACUUUCUUUAAAAAAAAAAAAAAAAAGAUUUUGGAGACUACCAGGGUAAGAUUCCAACUUGUCCAAAAGCUUUCUGGCCUUACAUAUUUUAUUAUAAAAGUUCUCAAGUCUGGUAAUCUACGUCGGAGCUAGUGAUUUCAAAAGGUUUCACAAUUCCCCAAGACAAAAGUGAUUUUCGUUCAUUAUAAUAAGGUUAAGUGAUAUGUGAUUCAUAGCAAUUUUGAUGUGAAGAAGGGAAGGACAUCAUUGACUUAAUAAUAGUAUCAGUCGGUGCAACAGUUGGCAACAUGUGCCUUCAUGCUUUACCAUAAAGAGAUGGGUUUGAGGGUUUGCCUUCUAAAGUCUGCAACUUCAAGAAAAAAAAUCGACACUGUGGACUGACUUUCCCGGUCACUAUAUAAAGCAAAUAAACUUAAAACACUUUGUAACCAUGUAUUUACUCUGCCAAGUGCCUAUAUUCCAAUAAAAUGUUCAUCCUUGAA